UCUAAUGGAAUAAAAGUUUUCAAUUAUACAUUUUUUUGACUGUAUUGAUAAGCAUUGAUAAGGCUGAGUAAUUGAUAGUAAUAAAGAUCGAUGUAUAGAAAAAAUGAGUCAGUGUGUUUGUGCGCAGCGAGAAAGUUAUAAAUCAAUUUUUGAUUUGAGAAAAAAAAAAAAAAUAAAAAAAAUGGACUUAUCGAUAGAAAUAAAAGAAAUCGGUGACAAUAAAUUCAAAAUAAAGACAUCUGGGAGUAUUUCAAGUUUAAUAACAGACGCAGAUAGACGUAAAUUUGGAGUAGAGGAUGAUGAUAUUAAAGAAGCUGUCAAGUGUUACAAAGGCAAAAGGCCAACGGACGUCUAUCUCCGCAGUCCGACUCCGUGGGGUGACAUGUACGAUACCUACGACCUGGACCAGACGGAAAAAGUAAUACGAGUAAUAAAGACGAAAGUUAUCAGCGUGUCGAGUCGUCCGGAGAUUGUUACCACAGCUACUCUUAAUAACACAGAGUCAGCAGAGCCGACGACAUUCAACACGUCUAUUGAGAAAACAGUAACUAAUUCGGUGUCAUCUUCGUGGAAAAAUGAGAAUAAUAUAUCAGUGAGUCGGUCGAUUGGCUAUGAUAUAAAAGCGCUUAAAGGACAAACUUCGUUUAGUUAUUCAAAAACUUGGGGUAGCACGGAUACCAAAUCUGAAACAGUUACUUUAAAAUCGGCUUCUUCUGUGCAGAAGACUUUGGGACCCGGUAAGUCGGCUACGAUUGAACUGAUGGCUCACAGAAAAGUCGCAAAAAUUGAAAUAACUUAUGAGUGCAGCUUAGAAGGCGACGUGGGAAUAAAUUAUCACGAAAGAUACAACGGAUACCACUUUCAUUUUGUCCCGAUUAACACAAUAAUGGAAGCCGGUGAUAUUGACAAUUCGAUUAUUGUUAAAGAAAUUAUUGAACUGGAAUUGUACAGUGAUACUACUAUUAACGUUAAAAGUUAAUUUUACUCAGUUAUAUGAUUUCCGGGCAGAUUAUUUAUUUUCUAAUAAUUAAAAAAAAAAAAUGUGUAUUAUUUAAAAUAAAAUUAUAUAUCAUCCCCAUUUAAGGGGAAAUUUUAUAUUGUUGGAAUAAUUACAAUACAAUUAAAAAUUUUAUUGAAAUUAUACAAACUGAAUUUUAUCGAAACUCGAAAGUCCUCGUUGAAG